GGACUGUUGGAAGGCAAACCACAAUAGAUAAUCAUCCUUCUCUUUCAACUUUUAUGAUUACUAUAAAAAAUCAGUUACUAAUCCUUUUUUAGACCAUUUAAAUAGUGAAAUGAAGAAUCGUUUUCAACCGUUUUCACUAAAUGCUUAUAGUGGUCUAUGCAUUGUUCCAGCAAAAAUGGUUUCUUUGAUUUCUGGAGGUAAAACAGACUGGACGGAGAAAUUCAAGUCUUUUGUGUCUUUCUAUGAAGAUGACCUUCCCAAUAUACUUGUGAUUAAUGCUGAAUUAGAAAUUUGGGAGAAGUAUUGGAUUGAUCUUAAAGGAAAUAGACCCCAAACUAUUGUUCAAACGUUGAAGUCUAUCAAUCUAAAUGUCUUUGUUAAUUUGCACGAGGCCCUAAGAAUUUUAGCCACUAUUCCUGUCACCACAUGUGAAUGUGAACGCUUUUUCUCUGCUAUGAGAAAACUUAAAGAAUAUUAUCAGCUUUGAAUACUUUCUGGGCGACAACGUUACUUGUGGCACGACCCAGAGGACAGAGAGGAUAAUCUCUUCAGCGCAUGUGUUGCUAAAGACAAUGAAGCAUUUGUUUCUUCUCUCAAGUUAGGACACUCCACCAUCUCCCUCAAAUUUGCUGCCCUUGACAAGAAGCUUCCAUCCAACUGUAACACUUGGGAAAUGCAACUCUGCCUUGACAAGUGAUCACCCCACUGAGAAAUUGUUUAGCAGUAUAGAUACUGCUGCUGCCACUGCUGGUUACGAAGUGCAUUACAUCAUGAGUCAGAAAGUCACUGUAAAUCAACAGGGCAUGGUACGGGUUCGGGCAUUAGUAAGCAAAGAACAAGUAAAGGAGAUAGCAAGAGAUUGUUUUGGUCUUCAAAUCGUUGAAUCAUGUGAUGUUAAAGAAAUCGAUUCGUAUGAAGAUCGUAAUUUUGUAGUCCAUGGUAGACUAGAUGUGCGAGACUGUGAAGAUGAUGUAUUGUAUCAAAAAUUUGAUAAAUUUGUGUUAAAAAUUUACAAUGCUGCCGAAACAUGCUCCCUGGCCUGGUUUUCACACAUUAACAGCAUAGUGGCCGCUACAUAUCUUGAAAGCCAGACUGGAUUUAAAGUCCCACUUCCAAUUACUGACCUAGAGACGAAUAAACAUUGUGUCUUGUAUAAGAUACCACUCCAACGAGAUGCUGAUGUCAGCGAGAAACUGUCUCAAGACAUAUUAUCAAAAAAUCGAUUUGUUACUGUAGAGAAUUCAUUACAUUAUUUGCAACAUAUAGUUCGAUUAACAACCUUUAUACCUGGUCAGACUCUUGAUGCUAAAAAAAUAGAUGAUGCUCUUGCAUAUGAUUUUGGAAAAUGUGCAGCUCAUUUGGGGAUUAUCUUGAAGAAGUUUCCAGUGCCACAAGGUGUUCUGAUGCGCGAAGAGUUGUUGUGGAAUAUGUUGCAUAUACACAAGAUGAUGCCAAACCCUUACAUCUCUUCUAUGAAGGACAACAAAAGGAAAAGUAUUGCUACAGAUAUACUGCAGAAAUUCGAGACAGUAGUGCUGCCUCAGCUAGUAAAUUUACCCAAGCAAUGGAUUCAUGGUGAUUUAAACGAUGCUAACCACAUAACGUGUCAAGAUAAACACGGUCAAACUCGAAUCGCAGGAAUUAUCGAUUUCGAUGAGAUGUGUUAUUCGUAUCGAGUCUUCGAGGUUGGCACUGCCUUGAUGUAUAUUACAUGUUCAGUACCUAGAGAACGCUGUUUUGAUAACAUUAAACAGUUUAUUGAUGGUUAUACGUCUUUAACAGCGUUAGAACCUAUCGAGUUGAGCGUGUUGUUCACGAUUAUGUUGACUCGAUACAUUCAAUCGUGCGUUAUAAGCGAGUAUCUGUAUUAUUACGAGGAUCCUACAAAUGAUUAUUUGUUGCAAACACCAACUCAAGGUUGGGACACGUUAAAUUUUUUCAUCAACGAAGGAGAGAGUAAGUUUCUAGAUAUAGUUUCCAAACGGUAGUGUAUUGUUCAGAUGUUUAGAUAGACUUUAAAAAAAUUAUAAUCCUUCAA